AUGCAGUUUUGUUUCAACCGUUUCGGCGUUCACUACGAAGAUGAAGUUGACAAAAAGUAAAGGCUAUUUCUCACUGAUGGUUUUCUCAAUUCUACUAAGCUACCACACAGUUCGGGGUAACUCCUGCCAGACCUCUGUUGAAAAUAGACUGGAAAGUAUAAAAAGCGAACUAUGUUUGCUAGAGAACCAAUUCGUUAGACUGACAGCAGAGGUACAGAGCGCUGCGUGGUCAUUACUAAAUGCGAAGAAAUCAUUGAGUAAAAUCAAAUAUAUAACGAAUGAUUGCUCGCUUGUUAGUGAAACCCCUGGAUGUGCUGCGGUAGAACCCGAUAAGGAAUCAUCUAAUAAUUCCUGUACAAAUAUGAAUAUGGUUGAUCUGUUGGCGCAGUAUUUUAAAGAGCACCCACAUGUAGAAAUAAAGUUUACCAAUGUAAGUUCCGGAACAGGUGGUUGCAAUGGAACUAUUAGUGAUGAAACUUCUCCAUCGGAUCAUUAUAAAGUUAUUAAAUCUUGUCGAGAAGCAAAGAAGUCCGGUAAAUAUGUUUUGAAAUUAGACAGUGCUGAUGAAGGCUUUCUCGUACUUUGCGAGAGCGAUUAUGAAGGUGGAGGUUGGGUUGUCAUACAACAUAGAUUCAACGGAUUUGUUGAUUUUUAUCGUGAUUGGGCCGAAUAUAGACGAGGAUUUGGAGAAUUUGAUAGUGAAUUUUGGCUGGGAAAUGAUAAAAUCUAUCGGUUAACAGCAGCUGAAUCUCGGGAGAUCCAUUUUGUGCUAACGAAUUGGGAAAACAAUACUGCACUAGCGAAAUAUCCAUCCUUUAGGAUUGGAAACGAAGCAGAGAAAUACGUUUUGAAAAGUCUUGGAACGUAUAGUGGCACUGCGGGAGAUUCCGUGACGAGAGGAUUGAAUUCAAAGUUCUCGACCACAGACCAAGACAACGAUUCCAGCAAAUCGCAUUGCGCGCAGCUCUAUCAUGGUGCUUGGUGGUACGAAAAUUGCCACUUGUCUAACCUAAAUGGAAAGUAUGUCAAAGGAACGACCAGCGAGUAUGCGACAUCGAUGUGCUGGAAUACUUGGACAGGUUAUUACUAUGGAUUGAAAUCGUCUAAGAUUUUAGUCCGUUUUUAAAAUUGACGCACUACUUAAUAAAUUUGCUGUUUCAUUUUACAUA